CAAAUCUCACUCUUUUCUCGAUUUCCUUCUCUGCCCUUUUCUAGGGUUUCGGUUUUCUCUCUGUUUUUCUCUCUCCUUUUCAGAUUCAGAUUCUCAUCAAUGGCGUCCGCAGAUGUCGAAUUCAGAUGCUUCGUCGGAGGGCUUGCCUGGGCCACCGAUGACCAAGCCUUGGAGCGUGCUUUCUCACCAUACGGCGAUAUCCUUGAAUCGAAGAUCAUCAACGACCGUGAAACCGGUAGAUCUAGAGGAUUCGGAUUCGUCACCUUCAGCAAUGAGAAGUCAAUGAGGGACGCGAUCGAAGGAAUGAACGGCCAGAACCUUGACGGCCGCAACAUCACAGUCAACGAGGCUCAGUCUCGCGGUAACGGAGGCGGUGGAGGUGGCGGAGGCUACAGCCGUGGCGGAGGCGGUUACGGAGGUGGCGGACGUCGUGAAGGUGGAGGCGGCGGUGGAUACAGCAGAGGCGGAGGCGGAUACGGUGGAGGCAGUGGUGGAUACGGAGGUGGAGGUGGCGGAUACGGAGGAGGUGGCCGUGACCGUGGAUACGGAGACGGUGGCUCAAGGUACUCAAGGAGCAGCGGCGGUGGUGGCGGUGACGGUGGUAGCUGGAGGAGUUAGAUUUGUUAGGAAUUUGUUUUCUGUGACGCUCAGUUUGUUGGUGACUUGAGUGGGUUUGUUUUAGCGUUGUUUGGAUCUGUGGUUAUGUUAUCGCUUUGGUUUCGUUAUGGUUCUCGUUCUGGUUCUCGUUCUGCAUUGUGGUUCUAGCUUUUUUGACCGGUGGUUCAGUUUUGACCGAUGGUUACUUGUCCUAUGUCCUCUAUGUUACCAACAAAAAAAAUAGUUUAAUGAAAUGAAGUAUAUAAUCCUUCUUUCGCAA